UGCAUCCAUUUUUGUGUAUUUAAGAUAUCUUCAAGGAUUACCAAACCUGGAGAAAAGCGAGGCACCGGUGCAGAGGGACUCAAAAGGGAAACAAACACUUAUUAUGAGAUGCAAAAGAACUUUUCCAGGACGAUGACAGCGAUGGGUUAGACAGGAUUGAACAGGAUGAUGGCCAAAUAAAAGCAUCAGCGUGUAAAGAUGUCUGCUCCAGCCGGGCCCCGCAGCGGGCCUGUCCUGCCGGAGAUGCCGGACCUGAGCCACCUCACCGAGGAGGAGAGGAAGAUCAUCCUCGGUGUCAUGGACAGGCAGAAGAAAGAGGAGGAGAAUGAGCAGUCCAUGUUGAAGAAAUUGCACCAGCAAUUUGAAAUGUAUAAGGAGCAGGUGAAGAAGAUGGGGGACGAGGCACCGAGCACCCAGGAGCAGAAGAGUGACGCCCCCACCUGCGGAAUCUGCCAUAAAACCAAGUUUGCUGACGGCUGCGGCCACCUCUGUUCUUAUUGCCAAACCAAGUUCUGCGCUCGCUGUGGAGGAAGAGUUUCACUGCGCUCUAACAAGGAGGAUAAAGUGGUGAUGUGGGUAUGCAACCUGUGCCGAAAACAACAAGAAAUCCUCACCAAGUCAGGGGCCUGGUUCUACAGCGGCCCAGGGGGCGCCCUGCUCUCGGGUGCGAGUGACCCUCGCCGACGCCACGAAGAGGCUCCGCAGGAAAAGAAGGCCAAACUUCAGGAAGUCCCACUGCUGUACCAGGGGCCUCCAGGGGACCGCAGCCGAGCUCCAGGCCUCCCGCGCCAGGCUUCCCUCAACAACGACUCCAGUCUGAAGCCCAACGACCCUCUGAGCAACAGGAAAAGAAGCCCAUCAGCAACCAGGGAUCCAAACCAAAAAUACGAACAAAGGGAGGAGAAGGGGGAGCGUUCGCAGUAUGCCCCAGGGGAGGGCGGCAUGCCACGAUCGCCGUCUGACUACGGGGCCGGAGACCGCCAGUGGCGGGGAGGCUACGGCCGCUCCUAUGAGGACGCGGAGGUAGCGCGGAGUGCGUACCGUGCUCAACGGGGCGGCUGGCACUCUCAGGAAGAGUAUCCACCCGAACCCGGAUUCCUGCCCGAUGGCCCGCCACUCAGCGAGCACGAGCUCCAGCGGCAGCGGCAGGAGGAGUACCAGAACCGCUACCGCAGUGACCCGAACCUAGCCCGCUACCCGGUCAAACCCCAACCUUAUGAAGAGCAGAUGCGCAUGCACGCGGAGGUUUCGCGAUUCAGGCAUGAACGGCGACACAGCGACGUCUCCCUGGCGUACACAGAGAUAGAGGAGCCCUUGGGGCCCCUGCGGGGUCCCCCCUACUCACCGGGUCCCGGACACACCCAUUGGAGGUCCAACCACAGUCCACCCAGCGUGGACUCCCUCCACAGGCAGCAGCACCUGGAUCCUGUCUCGGCCUUAAGGAAGAGUAAACGAGAAAAGAUGGAGAGCAUGUUGCGGAACGACUCGCUCAGUUCCGACCAAUCGGAGUCCAUCAGGCCGCCGCCGCCCAAACCUCACAAGAACAAGAGGGGCGGCAAAAUGAGGCAGGUGUCCCUGAGCAGCUCAGAGGAGGAACUGGCCACUACACCGGAGUACACCAGCUGUGAGGACGUGGAGAUCGAGAGUGAGUCUGUGAGCGAGAAAGGGGACAGUCAAAGGGGAAAAAGACAAACUUUUGAGCAGUCACACACCUUAUCUGAGGGCCAAAAGAAAAUGGUGCGCUUUGGGGGCCACUCUUUGGAAGAAGAUGCUGAGUGGUGUGAACCCCAGGUUAAAGACUCGGGGGUUGAUACAUGCAGUAGCACUACCCUAAACGAGGAGCAUAGCCAUAGUGAGAAGCACCCGGUCACAUGGCAGCCCUCCAAAGAUGGAGAUCGACUCAUCGGCAGGAUCCUGCUCAACAAGCGCAUGAAGGACGGCAGCGUUCCCCGCGACUCUGGAGCUCUUCUGGGACUGAAAGUGGUUGGAGGAAAGAUGACAGAGUCCGGAAGACUUUGUGCGUUAAUCACCAAAGUAAGGAAAGGGAGUUUAGCGGAUACAGUUGGGCAUCUCAGACCAGGUGACCAAGUCCUUGAGUGGAACGGCCGACAGUUACAAGGAGCCACAUUUAAAGAAGUUUACAAUAUCAUAUUAGAAUCAAAGCCAGAGCCUCAGGUGGAACUAGUGGUCUCACGACCCAUUGGCGAUAUCCCCAGGAUACCAGAAAGCACACACGCACACCUGGAGUCCAGUUCGAGUUCAUUUGAGUCUCAGAAGAUGGAGCGCCCCUCCAUAUCCGUCACGUCUCCCAUGAGCCCCGGAGUGCUGCGGGAUGCCCCUCAGUACUUAUCGGGACAGCUUACAAGCCAAAGCCUUAGUAGAAGAAUUGAGCCUUUUAACCCUAAAGUUCAGGUAAUUGUUGCUGUCUACGGUUCUUUUACCAUGAUGGUAAAUAAAAACAGUUUGAAUCAUUGUUUCUCCAGUGACAAAAGCAAAAGAAGAACAAAAACAGUAAAGAAAUCACUAGAGCCCAAAUGGAACCAGACCUUUAUGUAUUCCCCCGUCCACCGGCGGGAGUUCAGGGAACGCAUGCUGGAGAUCUCGCUGUGGGACCAGGCCCGGGUGCGAGAGGAGGAGAGUGAGUUCUUGGGAGAGAUCCUCAUAGAGCUGGAAUCAGCGCUGCUGGACGAUGAGCCGCACUGGUAUAAGCUACAAACACAUGACGUCUCAUCGGUACCCCUGCCCAAGAGCUCCCCCUGCCUUCAGAGACGAGCGCUGCAUGGAGACAGUCCCACACGCAGACUGCAGAGGUCUCAGAGGAUCAGCGACAGUGAGUUCUCAGACUAUGACUGUGAGGAUGGUGUUGGCGUCCUAUCAGACUAUAGAAACGGCAGGGACCUCCAGAGCUCCACCCUCUCUGUGCCUGAGCAGGUCUUAUCGUCCAAUCACUGCUCUCGGUCAGCUGACAUCAACCGAGCACGUUCACGGUCUCCCAGCAUGCCCCCUUCUCAGAGUCAUUUUCUCACCUUACCUCGAACCCGACACAGUCAGCCUCAUGACAGUCAGCUGGAGGAACUCAGGAAUUACGGAGCGCCAGACAGGCACGAGUAUCACCACAGGUCCCGUUCUGCAGACCAGCGGUCCGCACUGGAGCGGCCCAUGUACAGCCGCUCUCGCUCCACGGAGCGGCCGCCCGACGGCCCCCACAUGAGAUCAUCGAUGCCCUCCCUGCCGUCAGGACACUCAGCUCCACCCUCCCCUGCCUUAUCGAGGGCGCAUCCUCGUGGAGGAUCGGUUCAGACCAGCCCUACCGGGACCCCUGUGAACAGCAGGAGAGGACGACAGCUCCCACAACUGCCUCCAAAAGGGACGCUGGAAAGAAAAGAUGGAGAUGAAGAACUUGAGCCUUGUCCAGGUGCUAUGGAUGUGGAGGAACAAGCACGGCAGAUGAAGCUGAAGAUGAGCAAGUAUAAACAGGGAACCGGCUCAGAUUCAAGGCUGGAACAGGACUAUCACAAGCGUUCAGGCAGGGAUCCUCAGCGAGGAGAAAACCUCUCAGCCAAGUCUUCGGACAGUGAUGUCAGCGACGUGUCCGCUGUGUCGAGAACCAGCAGUGCGUCUCGAUUCAGCAGCAUGAGCUACAUCUCUGUCCAAUCAGAACGGCCGCGGGGCAGCCGCAAGAUCAGCAAUGCAGUGCAGGGGCGGAGCCUCUCCAGGGAGGGGGAGGAGUCAGUUGGGGAGGCGGAACAGGAGGAAGCAGGAUUAGAGGAGGACAGAGGGAGGAAGAGAGGAUGGGGGAGGGCAGGAAAACUGAGGAGACAGACAGAUAGUGUAGACAGAGAGGAGGCGGCGCUGGAGGAGGAGUCUGAAGAGGGCGUGGCCCAGAGGACGGUCUCAGAGAUGGACCUCAGGCAAGUGGGAACGGCGGCCGGGGGCAACAUGACCAAGAGCACCAGCGUCGGUGGGGACAUGUGCAGUCUGGAGAAGACCGACGGCAGCCAGUCGGACACGGCCGUGAGCCUGGUGGGAACCGUUGACAAGAAACGGCGCUCCAGCAUCGGCGCCAAGAUGGCGGCGGUCGUGGGGUUAGGCCGAAAGAGCCGCAGCGCCUCGCAGCUCAGCCAGACAGAAGCAGGAGGAAAGAAGCUGCGCAGCACUAUCCAGAGGAGCACGGAGACGGGACUGGCUGUAGAGAUGAGAAGCAGGAUGACCAGGCAGGCCAGCCGCGAAUCCACUGAUGGCAGCAUGAACAGCUACAGCUCAGAGGGAAACCUCAUCUUCCCCGGAGUGAGACUCUCUUCUGACAGUCAAUUCAGUGGUUUUCUGGAUGGACUUGGCCCCGCCCAGCUUGUGGGGAGACAGACUUUAGCCACGCCCCCUAUGGGUGACAUUCAGAUCGGGAUGGUGGAAAAGAAAGGAGCCCUAGAAGUAGAGGUCAUCCGAGCCAGAGGCCUUGUGGGAAAACCAGGUUCUAAGGCACUGCCAGCGCCUUAUGUAAAGGUGUAUCUACUGGAGAACGGCGCAUGCAUAGCCAAAAAGAAAACAAAAGUAGCACGAAAAACACUGGACCCUCUUUACCAGCAGCAGCUGUCGUUUGAAGAGACCCCAGGAGGAAAGGUUUUACAGAUCAUUGUGUGGGGAGACUACGGACGUAUGGACCACAAAUCCUUCAUGGGAGCCGCUCAGAUACUUUUAGAUGAUCUGGACAUGUCCAACAUGGUUAUUGGCUGGUUCAAGCUGUUUCCUCCCUCUUCAUUGGUCGACCCAACCCUGGCCCCGUUGACCAGAAGAGCUUCCCAGUCGUCCCUCGACAGCGGGUCCGGGCCGUUCGGUCGCUCGUAGCAGUUUCCUGAAAUCUAGCGUUAUUGUAGCAGCCAUUGGGUGGAGUUUGAGAUUUGCGACAGGUCCCGUCCCCCCGGUAACACUGCAUGCUUGAUGUUGUGUGUUCAGAGCUUGUUUCUUAGGGGUGAAAAAAAGCGGUCCUGUUUUUGCUCGCAAAAAAAUGCCGCACACAUUGUGCGCAAAGAGCAACCCCUAGAGAGCAGGGACGAGACGAAGCUGGAAAAUGGCCUCCUUAGCCUGAGGAACGUCACAAUUCCUGCUUUUAGAACCUAUUUGAAGCCAUUGGAGAUGAGUCUGAACUGAGAACUGACACGUCGAGUUCUUCAGAAGCCCGUUUUGAAAUGAGGCGAAACCUUCUCUUCGACUUUUGUUUUCCAUUUAUGUUUCUUUUAAUGUUGAUGUAUUUGUAUCUACAUGGGCUAACAGUGUUCCUUGGGUCAAGCCAUGACAACAGACCCAGAAAUGUACACACAAAACAUGAAUAUGACGUGGGAAUGAGCACCUCACUCCCCAAAUACGAUUCUGCUAGAUCAUUACAGAGAUGAAAUGUAUGGUUUGAAUCAUCUUUUAAGAUCAAAUUGAAGUACUUCUCUUGAUACUGUAUGAAACCUAAAGAAGAAAUGACAGGUUUUUUGUUGCAUGGACACAACUUUAGCUGAACUUAAAAAAAAAAAAAAAAAAAGUGAAUAGGAAAUCAUUUUCUCAGACUGCUACUUGCAAAAAAAAGACGACAAGAAAAAGAAAAAAUGAACCGGAUCAGCCAUUUUCAACAAUUUCUAUUAUUUUUAAAGAUAAAUUUCACUAGUGCAUGAUUUUCAUGGGGAGUGAAUGCUACAGUGUGAUUUAAAAAAAAACAACAACAACUUGAAACCUUGUUUUUUGUCAAGCUUAACAUUUUAUUUCCAGUGAGAAAUCUGUUCAUGUGACAAAGAUGGAAAAAAAAUAAAUGUCUAUGAUUUAUUAUUGUAAAGGCGUAAGCCUUAUGAAGCUAAAGACGAUGUGCAAAUUGUACGUUUCUCUACUUCUCCCUUGUCCCAGGGUAAACUCUCUGUACUUCUUGCUUCCAUUGUCAGAUUUUCCCCCUGAUAUUGUUCCAGAUCUCCUUUAAAUUUUUAUUUUCAGGGCUGUUCGUUUCCCACAGCUCUUCUAGUUUUAGUCUGGAUAUUGUUUGAAGUUCAUUCGUUUAACAAGCAUGUUGAAAAGGAUUUUUGGCAACAUGGCUUUGGCACAUCUUACAGUAACUCAGCAUGUUUUGAUAAAGAAGAUAUUUG